AUGGAUAUUCUACAGCGCCUCGCGCGGUUCCUCGACCGUCCGCUAUUCCCCUGGAAGAAGCUAAUUAUCGGGUUCUCUGUUGCCCAAUUCCUGUUCGAAGGUGUCCUCGGUAUUCGCCAGUAUCGUGUCUUGACCAAGACCAAGCCCCCCGCCGUUCUCCAGCAUGAAGUCACACAAGAGGUUUUCGACAAGAGCCAGGCCUAUGGACGCGCCAAGGCCAAGUUCUCUCUGAUCAACGGUCUCUACGGUCAAAUCCAAAACUUCGCAUUCUACCACUUCGAUAUUCUCCCCAAGCUCUGGUCAUGGUCUGGCAACCUACUCCUUCGCUUCGCACCCACUCGGUUCACCGGCGAAAUCUCGCAAUCUAUCGUGUUCAUUCUGGCCUUCAUCUUCAUCCACCAAGUCGUCUCGCUCCCGUCCAACAUCUACCAGACAUUUGUUCUGGAGGAGAAGUUUGGAUUCAACAAGCAGACCCCGAAGCUCUUCGUCACGGAUAUGAUCAAGUCCAACCUGUUGGCUGUGGUUUUGACUCCUCCCAUUCUUGCCGGUUUCCUCGCCAUCAUUAAGAAGACUGGCAGCCAGUUCUUCUAUUACCUCUGGAUGUUCGGCGCUGGUCUUCAGGUCUUCAUGAUUACGAUUUACCCCAUUGCUAUCCUGCCACUGUUCAACAAACUUUCUCCCCUGGAGGAAGGCAAGCUCAAGACCGACGUUGAGGACCUCGCCAAGAAGCUCAAGUUCCCUCUUCACGAACUCCACGUCAUCGAUGGCAGCAAGCGCAGCGCUCACAGCAACGCCUAUUUUUUUGGUCUCCCCUGGAAGAAGCACAUUGUUAUCUACGACACUCUGAUUGAGAAGAGCGAGACCGAGGAGGUCGUUGCUGUUCUCGCCCACGAACUUGGUCACUGGAGCUUGGGCCACACCACCAAGCUGUUUGGUAUUUCUCAGGCUCACUUCUUCUACAUCUUUGCCCUCUUCUCCGUCUUCGUAAACAACAACUCCCUCUACGCCGAUUUUGGCUUCCACGCCCAGCACCCCAUCAUCGUCGGCUUCCUCCUCUUCAGCGACAUCCUCGGCCCCGCCGACAAUGUCAUCAAGUUCCUCAUGAACAUCCUCAGCCGCCGCUUCGAGUUCCAAGCCGACGCCUUUGCCAACAAUCUUGGGUACAAUGCUGAGCUGGCUUCUUCUCUCAUUAAGCUGCAGAUCCAGAACUUGAGCACCAUGGACGCUGAUUGGGCUUUUGCCGCCUAUCACUUCUCUCAUCCUAUCCUUUCGGAGAGGUUGAAGGCGUUGAACUGGCAGCCUACGGAGAAGGUGGUUGUUAAGGAUACGGUUGGGGAGGAGAAGAAGGAGGACACGGCUGUUACCACUGGGAGGGAUGAGCUUUGAGGGGGUGAAUAAGAAAAUUAGUAGGAAGAGGUGGACGGUAAUCCAUUAUAGAGGAUUGAUAUUUGUGCGUCAUGAUUCAUUGAUAUUUAAGUAGAAAUAUGAUACAGGAAGAGUGAUCUGACGUUUCCGAUUCAGUCUGUUCACGAGUUGUGAGCAAAGAUGGCAGCAUUCUGUAGCACAAAGAGCCAACACCCACCAGCGUUUUUUAACUCAAAAACCCUAACCCUACCUAUACCAACCCCCAUACAACACCAUGACUUACAUCCUACACAACCUCCCAUUACAAGUAAGUGUUCUGGAUAAAGAAGAAUUCGAAUCAGAUAAAAAGAAACCACCCCUCCUGGGAGUCGAACCCAGCGCAACGGAAUGAGAAUCCGCUAUGUUAACCGAUACACCAGAGGGGUUGUUGCCCGG